AUGCACAGAGCAACGGCCAAACAUUCAACAUGCCAACCACCUUGUCAAGCGCCUGCUCCGACGACAGGUGUAAGUAUGCUUCCCAGGCGCCGUAUCACUACCACAGAAGUAAAUCACUCGCCGCCUCGACCCGCAUCGCCUUCAGGAGACGGUAGCCUCGAAACCUCAAACAGAAGUGUUGCGAAAAGCUCGGUUAACAUGGUAGCUGCGCCACUAUCGGGCACAAGUGCGAGGAUACCAGGCAAGGAGGGCACAACACACCAGCCGGCUAACGGUUCCGUAGGAAGCGAAAAAGAGGGACAGGAGACCGGAGACGGCUCAGAAAGCAAAGCAGUUAACAGAGAAGCAGCCAUGCAAUUGCAUGCGACGGUGGGGUCUACGCUUGCGUCAGGGAAAAUCAGAUACGCGGCGCAGUCGCCAAAGAAAGCAGAGAGUGCCCUUGAAACGCCUCAACCUGCCAGGGGAAAAAGACGCGAUGCCAAACAGUCAAAAAAAGGCGGCAACGCGGAGGAGCAGGACGAGCAGAAACAACUGUGCGACGAUGCAGUCCAGAUGCUUGGCGUCAUCGAGUACUACGUCAAAGACUUCAGAGAUAUCUGUGAUACCUUGACGAAAAAUGUUGUGGAAUUCGUCACAUUGCGCGACGUGUACGCAAUGAAGGGAUCCGGAGGCAGCGUAGGUGGCGCAGGAAGCAGCGAUGCCCUUUCGAGUGGAUCAAGUCGAAGGUUCAUGAGCAGAACGCGCGGCAUUGGAGCAUUCACUGAUCAAAACAGCUGCAUUGUUCUCGGAGCGCAUGCACGACAUUGCGUUAUCCAAGCAGCAGAGGCAAAGGCAAGUCCAACCGACACUUUUGCAGGUCACAUAGCGACCCAGAAUCGGCGCUGGUUACCAUCUCCACCGCCUGCACACAUUUUCUCGAACCUCUGGCGAUCUUCGUGGACCUCACCUCUGGCAGCUGUGCGCACACUGCGAGUAGCGCCAGGCAGUUUGCCUCUGCGCUUAUUCAGUUUGGCGCUGAGAAACGGGCGACUGGCAGAGAUAUCCGAGGACCCAGACGGCAACAGUGCAUCUUUUUUUCUUCUGAGCAGCGCCAACUUGGCGGCGAGUCUCUGCGCGGAGACUUCCGCCGUUCUUCCUGGAAAAAACGGUGUUGACCACCACGGGGACGCUACAUCGUGGAGCGAUGUCUCUGAAAGGGAACACCGACAGCGAGAAGUAGUCUCUGAGCUGCUGCGAACGAUCCCCGUUUACGCAGUCGUGUCUACAGAAACGCAGCAGCUCGUGCCCGCUAUGUUUCCUUCACAGAAACAGGUCCCGCGCGACGAAGUCGUUCCACCCCAUUCGGACCAGGAGAGAGCCAUAGACAGCAAGCGCGGCAAGAAGCCUAGCCAUAAAAAGGAACUCGAAAAACUGCUGUAUCAAGAGUUUCAAGCCCUGACAAGCCUGGAGGAACGAGGCGGCGUUGCCAAAGCGAUAGGCCUGGGCCUCUUCUUCCUAAGUCACCGGGAUGCGCAGGUGUAUUUGCAGCACGUGCAGUCACAAACUGCCGAGGUGGCGUUGCCCGUUUCGACCGCGAAACGACCUCCAUCUUUGGCAGUUGUGACAACAUCGCUCGCAAAAGUCUAUCCGCUGCUGCUUCCGCCGCGCCCGACAGAUCUCCCGGCCAAGCUCGCAGCGCGGUCUCGCGCGUACCAGGGGACUUGCGGUGGAUCGCACGUCGGUCCCGGGGAGAAAUCCGCUUUUUCCGUUGGCCGUGCGCUCUUUGGCUGGCGAAAUGUGGCAGGCACACAGGGACAGUGGGUUGACGAGAGUGAGGCCCAAGAGCUGGUUUCACGGUUUGUCCUCGUGCCCGAUAUAGCUCAGCUGGACACUCUUCUGGAGGAGGGGGGCUCUGAGGCCGUCGUUGUUGGAACGCCGCUCUUUUUCGUAUCUCGCUCCCCAGAGAUUCCCUGGAGUCUUCUCUUGGAUGGGCGAGCACCGUCGGCUUCUGGUGCGUUUCCUCUGUAUUUGAAUCGGAGAGACGCAGAACAAGCUCUCAGCUCGAUACAGAAGACUCUCGACGGCCAGCCGUGGUGGCGGAACUUAGGUCGGCGUCCGCUGACGGUGCACCGCACGUCGCUCGAGGCUUUCCUCGAGGCUUUUGCGGAAAAGUCGGCAGUCUCUGCUGCACCUUCGCCGUUUCUUCUCGUACCGGCUUUUGAUAGUUUCCUCCGCAGCGAGAAAGAGAGGCGGAAGCCUGACGAACGGCGAAAAAAAAGCGGCUUUUCUGUCGUCGGACCCUUCAGGCAGCUCGUGGCGUCGAGUCCGACUCUUCGAUACCUCGACUGGAGAAGAAGAAAAUUCAAAAGAGACUGGCUGCUCCCGCUGUUCAGGAGAGAUAGACAGCGGGAAGGUGACGGCCAUCACAUCGGGGAUUUGCUCCCGGAAGAUGCGUAG